AUGUCCAGCUACGGCGGUGGCUACGGCGGUGCCGGCGGCAGUUAUGGCCGUGAUCGAAGCGACCGCAACGGAUACGGAGGCGGCGGCUACGGCGGAGGCCGCGGCAACGGCUACAGCAACGGGGCCGGCGGUGGUGGCUACGGCGGUGGUGGUUAUGGUGGCGGCUUCGGCGGAGGUGGCGGUGAUCGCAUGGGUGCUCUCGGUGCCGGGCUACAAAAGCAAACUUGGGAUCUCGCGACGUUGCCCAAGUUUGAGAAAUCAUUCUACAAGGAAAGCCCCGAGGUGGCCAAUCGCUCCCCGGCCGAGGUGGAUGAAUUUCGUCGCAAGCAUCAGAUGACCAUCCACGGUGUGGAGGUGCCCAAGCCUGUCGAAACCUUUGAUGAAGCUGGCUUCCCCCGCUAUGUCAUGGACGAGGUCAAGGCCCAGGGUUUCCCCGCCCCCACAGCCAUCCAGUCUCAGGGCUGGCCCAUGGCCCUCUCGGGUCGUGAUGUUGUCGGUAUCGCCGAGACGGGCUCGGGAAAGACGCUCACCUACUGCCUGCCCGCCAUCGUCCACAUCAACGCCCAACCUCUUCUGGCACCUGGCGAUGGCCCUAUCGUCCUCGUCCUCGCCCCCACCCGUGAGCUGGCCGUCCAGAUCCAGCAGGAAAUCACCAAAUUCGGCCGCUCGUCGCGCAUCCGCAACACGUGUGUGUACGGCGGUGUCCCCAAGGGACCUCAGAUCCGCGACCUGUCGCGAGGCGUCGAGGUCUGCAUCGCCACUCCCGGACGGCUGAUCGACAUGCUCGAGGCUGGCAAGACCAACCUUCGCCGCGUCACCUACCUCGUUCUCGACGAGGCCGAUCGCAUGCUGGACAUGGGUUUCGAGCCCCAGAUUCGCAAGAUCAUCGAGCAGAUCAGACCCGACCGACAGACGCUCAUGUGGUCUGCCACAUGGCCCAAGGAAGUCCGCGCCAUGGCCUCGGACUUCCUCAACGACUUCAUCCAGGUCAACAUUGGCUCCAUGGAUCUCUCGGCCAACCACAGGAUCACGCAGAUCGUCGAGGUCGUCAGCGACAUGGAGAAGCGCGACCGCAUGAUCAAGCAUCUCGAGAAGGUCAUGGAGAACAAGGAAAACAAGAUCCUCAUCUUCGUCGGCACCAAGCGCGUUGCCGACGAGAUCACUCGGUUCCUCCGCCAAGACGGCUGGCCCGCCCUUUCCAUCCACGGCGACAAGCAGCAGAAUGAGCGUGACUGGGUCCUGGACCAGUUCAAGUCGGCCAAGAGCCCCAUCAUGGUUGCCACGGACGUGGCAUCUCGUGGUAUCGAUGUUCGCAACAUCACCCAUGUGUUGAAUUACGACUACCCCAACAACUCGGAGGACUACAUCCAUCGCAUCGGCCGCACGGGUCGCGCCGGAGCGAAUGGUACCGCCAUCACUUUCUUCACCACUGACAACCAGAAGCAGGCGCGUGAUCUUGUCAACGUCCUUCAGGAGGCCAAGCAGCAGAUCGAUCCUCGUCUUGCCGAGAUGGCUCGCUUCGGCGGCGGAGGCGGCGGCCGGGGCUGGGGCGGCUACGGCCGCGGUCGUGGCGGCGGUAGAGCCAACGCCAACAGCCAGCCCAUGGGCAAUCGACGGUGGUGA